AUGGAUUAUUGGCCAGUAAUACAAACAGGCAUCACUCUUCUGCUGAUUAUAGCAAUUGGAUAUAUAAUAACAAAGCUUAGUCUUAUCAACAAAGAAACAAUUAAUUCCACAAAUAAGUUCCUUCUGAAAUUAUGUUACCCACCAUUAAUAUUUCGAGCCGUUGCAAAGCAAAAAUUUUCGCAAAUUGACUUCCAUCCAAUGCUUAUAGGUUUGUUAAUGAUUACGGCAAACUAUCUCGUUUGUACAGUGAUAUUUCUUUAUCGAAACGAAAAGAAUUUUUAUUACUAUUGCAGUUCAACAUUACCAUCAAUAUAUACAAACUUUCUGAUUAUUGGGAUUCCUUUCUUUGAAGUCAUUUGGGGCGAAAAUACAGUUAUGGUCACAAUAUUAAACUUAACAAAUGACAUUGUUACAGUUCCUAUAUAUCUUAUAGUUUCAAAUAUAUAUCAGAUUAAAAUGAGAAAUAAAAAGCAUGAAGAAAACAAAGAUGGAAUUGUUGAAAAAUUUUCCUUUAAAAUUUUACUGACAAUCAUCAAAAAUAUUGUUCUAAACCCAAUCAUGUUCGGUAAUAUCAUUAGUUUCAUUUGGGCCGGCUUCGGAUGGAAUUUUUGUACUUUCAUUCAGUCUUUAGCUGAUAUUGCUGCCAACGGUGUUCUUGCACUAUGUCUUUUAUGUGUUGGUGGCUUCCUUUCCCAAAUGUCCAUCAUUGCAUGUCCAUGGGGUCAGUUUUUCUUCUGUAUUUUCAUCCGUCACUUUAUGAUGUCAUUCAUGGCGGUAGUUUUUUGUAAAGUUCUCAAUGUCGAUCACACAUUGGCCAAGCAGUGUACGAUUUUGGCUUCAUUACCUACCGCAACCGCAAGUUUCUUAUUAGCUCAUACAAAUGAAACUGGUCCUGGUUGUGCAUCAACUUUGAUUUUCUUUUCAACAAUCCUAUGCGUCCCAGCCAUGAUAGCUUGGAUGUCGGUUCUAGAUGCGCUUAAAAUAUUUGUUUGA